AUGAUUGUCGAACCCGGUUGCGUGUCUUACAUACGAGAGCUUCAAGCGAUAUACCAAUAUCCUUCGGCCAAAGUUUGCCUUGAAGAUGUGCGCCGGAUAUGCCAGUUCUUGUCUAGGAACAGGUUCAAGAUACUCAUAGACACCAACUUUUUCCGAGAUGACGAGAUCGGCUUGGUCUAUCACCCGCAGCGUGGUUGGAUUAUGGUGAAGGGCUGCGUGUGGGAAACUCCCAAAUGCUUUGAGAGCACAGUGACACUUUCCCGGCUAUACGCUGAAUGUGAUGACUGUUUCAAGAGGAAGCUGAAGAUGCGCAACGCUGGAGUACAUGAGGCUGUUAUUAGAAGCACCGAAUGCAUCCACGAGGGUUUCAAGUCCCUCGAGGACACGUGGUAUGUGAAUGACCCAAGUAUCUUGGCUAAAUCGUUCUUCCAAAGGGUGGAUAUACUGGAUUUUGACGUCCAAGACAUGGAUCGGAUUAUGCUGUUGGUCAACUGGCUCAGUACCGAACACCGUCUUUUGAGCAAAGCAGUAAGUGAGAGCAAGUCGUGCGAUGGUAUGACACAAAAUCAGAUGGGACUGGUCCGACACCGUACAGAAAAAGGCCAGCUUUAUCGCGCUGUAAGUCGAUCGACACGGAGCCACAGGUGCGGAUGCCAACUCUUAGACAAGCCUAGAGGCUGGCGUCCGGCGUAUCUCUACGAGAAAGAACGCGACCCUGUUCGAAUCAUCGUCCGCAGGAACCUGUUUGAAGACGUCGAUCCUCGCGUCGAGCGGUCCCUGGUAGAGUUUUCCAGCUGCCUCUUUUCUAUCAAUGAUUUCAACCGCAUCCCUCUCGUCUCCCAGAUCUUGAAGGUUGAUUUGUCAGAAAUCCGCGAACUUCUGGAGGAAGUCGAUGUUCGUUGCCCCCUUACCGGUAACCACGACAUGUCCGACAAUGCACUCGCGGCAGUCACGCCGGAGGAUACAACGAGAGCACUCGCUUUCGGAAAGACGACUGUUGCAGCGUAA